CUCGAGAGAGUCUCUCGGGAGGCUGGAUUAGCCACAAGUUGUGGUGAACCAGGGUAAAUUCGGUGUGCCUCUUACUCCUCUCUUUACUUCGUUUUUAAAUUUUUAAUUCCUGUGAUUUCUACGAUCAAACGCUAUUCACCUCCCCUCUAGCGUUGGUCCUUUAUUCUAACAAUUGGUAUCAGAGCCUAACUCGCGUCCAAACUUAACCGUUUGAGAGUAAAGCGAUCAUGGGUUCUUCUUCUAGAAAUCUUUAUGCAGGAAUCGGAGAAGGCCAAUCGACUUCCAGGCCACCGCUCUUUGAUGGCACCAACUACACUUAUUGGAAAGAGCAUAUGAGAAUUUAUAUCCGCUCAACCAACUUCCAGUUGUGGUUGGUCAUCAAAAACGGCGAAGAAACGCCAAUGAAGAAGGUUGGUGAAAAACUCGUCCCAAAGACCGAGGACGAAUUUGAUGCCGAAGACAUCAAAAAGGUGGAAAACUACGCCAAGGCAAUCAACAUGCUGUACUGUGCGGUCAAUCUCGAUGGUUAUCGCAAGAUCUCUUGCUGCACAACCGUAAAAGAAAUGUGGGACAAGCUGGAGGUCACAUAUGAAGGUACAGACCAAGUUCGGGAAGCCAAAAUUGACUUCCUAACGCAGGAGUACAAAAUGUUUAGGAUGAAAGAAGGCAAAAAGAUCGAUGAUAUGUUCGAUUGUUUCUCAAAGAUCAUCAACGACCUUCAUGCACUCAAGAAGACUUACGCCAACAAGGAUCUUGUGAGGAAAAUCCUGCGGAGUCUCACACCCGAAUGGAGAUCAAAGGCUGAUGCAAUCUACGAAUCCAUCGGAGUCUCAAAUGUCACCAUCGACGGGUUAAGAGGUAAUCUCAAAACUUAUGAAUCUACUAUUCUAACCCCAUCUUUGGAUGAACAAAAGAAGAAGGGAAUAACGCUAAAAGCAACCAAGGAGACCGUGGAAGAAGACUCAAGCGAUGAUGACAACGAGUUCGGACUCAUCAUCAUGAAAUUCCACAAAUUUAUGAAGAAGGAAUUUGAGCACAAAGGAAGAAAGCACGACGGUCCCCCGAAGUGCUAUGGCUGUGGUGAGAUAGGCCACAUCAAGCCGAGGUGUCCAAAAGGCAAAAGCGGCAAGGACAAACCUCGCUUCAAAAAGCAACGCGCCUACAUCUCAUGGGGUGGCGACUCCGGGGAUGAGUCAACGGAUCAAGAAGAGGAAGAAGCCGCCAACCUCUGUCUCGUGGCACACGAAGACCACGUCGACGAAAUACAAGAGGAAGGAAUAGGUUUUGAUAAAAAUGAAUCUAAGGAUAAAAACGUUGAGCAUACACCUAGACAACCUAGCUACUAAGGCUCAACGCAAGAAAGUUAAAAAUCAGGAUAAUAGAAAAUCUAGUCAACCUAAGGACACUAGACAACCUAGACAAAAAUCUAGGAAUGAAAAUGUGCAUGCUAGACAACCUAGGAAAAAUUAUCAAAAUGAUUUUGUGCAUAAAAAUAGUUUUUCAAAUAGACAAAAUAAUGCUAGAACACCUAG